AUGAUUUUUUAUUUGCUUAUUUGUUUUACUUUAACUGUAGGACAAAUUACUCGCCUACCAAGAUCUGCUGUGGUACAUCUUAUUUCUGAAGAAGUCACAGGUAGCAUAACUUUCACGGAAACUGAAGAAGGUAUUCAUGUGAAGGGCACGAUAAGCGGACUUGAUGCUGGUAAUUACGGGUUUCACAUUCAUGAGCUUGGUGAUACUAUAGAUUGUGACGCAGCCGGCUCCCAUUUCAACCCUUACGACACCGACCAUGGUGGCAGAGAUCAUACCGUCAGACACGUGGGAGACUUGGGCAACAUUCAGUUCGUGGGGACGGGCACAGGUGUGGCGGAAGUGGACUUUGUUGACAAGGUGAUUGCGCUUCGCGGCCGUAACAAUAUAUUGGGACGCGCUUUAAUCCUACAUGGACAGGAAGACGAUUUGGGCUUGGGAGGACACGAAACAUCACUCACUACAGGAAAUGCAGGUUCGCGAGUUGUAUGCGCUGUCAUUGGUGUGGGCUCUCCUGUUGAUGCUUGGGUAUAA